CCCCGACAAAAUGGAAGCAUAUUUUCAAGCCCCGAUCCAUUGGGCACAAUUCAAAAUAUGGAGAAAGAAAUAACCGAUGCUGUAUUUCCAUUAAUGAAGACGCUUGUUUCCAAGAAGGUGGAAUUCCAAAAAACGGAACUCUUUAUCCAGCGCUUGAGCUUUGCCUUGCAGAAGAAAUUUGAGGGCCACUGGUACCCCGAAAACCCGAGCAAAGGAGAAGCGUACAGGUGCAUACGAGUCAACCAAUACAAUCGUAACGAUCCGGAACUCCUUCGUGCUUGUCAUGAAAGUGGUGUGGAGUUUUGUGACUUGCGACUUCCCCUCGAUUUCACGCUGUGGAUAAACCCUGGUGAAGCUUUUUGCAGAAUCGGUGAAGAAAAUCCUCCAUUUUCAGUAGCGACUGUGGCUGCCAUGUAUAAGGAAUACCUCGCCAAGCAGUUGUCAAACACUCAGGACAACGAGAUGUUCGACUCUUGUUCUUCCUCGGAUGGCGAGGACAUACUUAAUGGUUUUUCUAUCAACAACGACAAACAGGUAUUUAAUAUGCAGUGA